CAAUGUCAUUAGAGUCGGUUUCAAUAAGCACUUUGAUACAAAAAAAUGCUCAAUAAAACGUAAGUUUAAUCAUUAUACUAAGACACAAUAUAAUUGGGUGGGAGUAUUGGAAUUUUUGCAUGAAUAACAUAAACAAGUUUAAUAUAAGGAUUGUGAAUGGGCAUUAGAGAAAUCAUAAAUGCAGUAGAAAAUAAAUGAGUUAGAAGGAGUGGUAAAAGGUUAAGAGAGAGUAAUAACUGAUUUGGGCAAAAGAUGCAAAAUGCUAGAAGUAGCAUUAAGAUAAGAAAGAUUGAAAUAUCAAUAAAAUGGAUAAGUUCCUGAUUAUUUAAAUUAAUUACUAAAAGAAAACAUAGAAAACCAGAGUUAGAUUUAAAAUUAUUAAACGAUUCCUAAAAGAAAAGCUAAACCUUAUAGACCCUUAUUGCAAAAGUAUAUAUAAGUUAUUUAAACUUAAGAAUAAUCUAAGAAGUGGGGUUGUAAUCUAUUUUCUCUCCUCCAAGUUCACCAAAAAUAGAACAUUCAAAUAGACCAUCAGUGAUGUUAACACCUAAUUAGAAUGUGACAUCAAUAGUUUAAAAUUCAGGUCGACAAAGUCCAACCAACAUGAAUAGUACAAGUGGUUUUCCAACCCAUAGUAGAAGCAAAUCGCAAAAUAUUAAUGAGGAAUAAACCUAAAUGGUUUCAAAAGAUCCAGUUUAAUUAUAAAAUACAUUAAGACAUCAUCUAGAUGGUGUAAGAGAUGCAUAUUUCUUUAAUAAUAUGACUAUUUUAGCAACAGUUUCAGAAGAUUGUCAAUUGAAAUUGUGGGAUUACUAAAAUUAUUAAUAAUAAUAAAAUUAGAUUGAACCAUAUUUGACAUUAAGAGAUCAUACUGGGCCUUUGUUUGCAAUUGCUGGAAUUGAAUAAAGACUUAAAGGAAUCUAAAAUGCAAUAUUUAGUGCUGGAGCUGAAGGAGCAAUUAAAAUGUGGUAUUUUCCUUUGCCAGAUGAAUGUGAUCAAUUAGGAUAAACUGAAGAAUUCUAAUAAUGUAGAAUGACCUGGUAAGCUCAUCAGGAUGCAAUUUGGUAAUUAAAGGUUAAUUCACAAUAAAAUUUAUUGUUAUCUUCUGCAGCAGAUUCUUUGAUAAAAUUAUGGCCAAUUUAAGACUCAUAAACUGAACCUAAAUAACUUUAUUAAUUUGGAUAAAAAAAUCAAUAUGGUCAUUUUGUUGAUUCACCAACUGCAAUAGCUUGGCUAUAACAUAAUCCAAAUCUCUUUGCAUCAGGUUUUAUGAAUUCUUCUAUACUCUCUAUUUUUGAUACAGAAAAUGGUAGAAGUGUUCAAAAUAUUAAAUAUUUAUAAGAAAAUAAUUCAUAAGCUCAAAUUAAUCAACUAACACAAUUUUAGUAAUCUUGUUUGAUUUCAUCACAUGACGAUGGAAAAUUGAGAAUUUUUGAUCUUCAAUAAUGUAUCAAUUCUUCUUUACUCUUUAGCUAAACUGAUAUCACAAAUAAUUUGUGGAAAUGAACCAAUUACUUCAGCAAUUACUAAUCUUAACAAUACUAUUAUCUAUAUAGCAACUGGUAAUGUGAUCAAGUAAUUAUUUAUAUUAAUUCUGAUUAGAGUUUGGGAUACUAGAAGAUAAUAAUUUAUAUAAGAACUUCAAGGACAUCAAUCUAAAUAUGAUGAAAACAUUCACAAUUUAGUUCAUCAUGGAAGUUAUAAUUUAUUUGCAUCUUUAGGUGCAGAUGGAUAAAUUAAAUUAUUUUCAUCUAAAUGA